AUGCCUCAGAACUACCAGCACAUCCUAGCUUGGGCAUUUGCUGUCAAGGAGAUCAAUGAAAAUCCCCACAUCUUGCCAAAUGCCACCUUAGGAUUCCAUAUCUAUGACAGCUAUUUUCAUCCAAGGUUAACUUAUCGGGCUGCUCUGCAACUUAUUUCUCCAAGGAAGAGAUUUGUCCCUAACUAUAAGUGUGAUACCCAGGACAAUCUACAUGCAUUUCUGGAGGGCAUUCAUUCAGAAAGCUCUCAGCAUAUACCUGAUGUUCUGAGCAUCUACAAGAUUCCACAGCUCUUGUAUGGUCCUGCCCCAAUAAUGAUGGAUAACAACCAAGUUCCAUUCUUCUAUAAUAUGAUCCCAAAUGACAUGCAUCAAUACCUGGGAAUUGUUCGAUUACUUCUCCACUUCAAUUGGACGUGGAUUGGAUUCUUUGCUGUGGUUGGUGUGAAUUUAGAAUGGUUCAUGGAGAAGAUGUUUCCGAUCUUUUCCCAGUAUGGCAUCUGUUUUGCCUUCAUGUAUGCAUAUUCCAAUUUAGGUUAUCGUGAUUUCAGGGAAGACAAUAUGAAAUGGUUUGCAGAAAUGUAUGGAGAAAUCAUGAAGAGUACAGCUAAUGUAGUGGUCUUCAAAGGAGAUGUUCGUUGUUGGACAAUUUUGAGAGGUUUGCUAUAUCUUGUACAACUUCAUCACAAGAUGCAAAACCCCAAAGGUAAAGUCUGGAUUCUAGAAGACCAGAUUGAAUUAAAAACACAUGCCAACAAAAGACACUGGGAUGUACAAAUCUUCCAUGGUGCAUUAUCUGUUGGAAUCCACUCCAACGAACUUCAAGGAUUCCGACAUUUUUUUAAGAACAGAAACCUUGCUAGUGCAGAAGAAGAUGGUUUCAUCAGAGACUUUUGGUCAUACACAUUUGGCUGUGUGUUCCCAGAUAUGGAUGUGAGCAGUGUGAAUCAAGGUAACUGCACUGGGAGUGAGACACUGAAGGACCUGCCUGGAUUUGAAAUGAGCAUGACUGGCCAUAGCUACAGCAUCUACAAUGCGAUCUAUGCCAUUGCCUAUGCUUUCCAUGCUAUGUAUUCUUACACAUCAAAUAUUAGAAAAAAGAUGGAAGGAGAAAGAAGGAAGUUUCAGCAUCAGCAACCAUGGCAGCUCCAUCACUUUCUGAGACAUGUCUCAUUUAACAACAGUGCUGGAGACCAGAUUUAUUUUAACUAUAAUUUGGAAUUGGUAGCAGGAUUUGAUGUUAUCAAUUGGGUGACAUUCCCAAACCAAUCUCUUGCUCGAGUGAAAGUUGGAAAGAUUGAUCUUCAAGCUCCUUCAGACCAAGCACUCCAGAUAGACAAAGAAUCCAUAAUAUGGCACACCCAAUUUAACCAGGCACAGCCUCUUUCAGUAUGCAGUGAGAGCUGUAAUCCUGGUUAUAGGAAGGAAAAGAAAGAAAAGGAGCCAUUCUGCUGUUAUAAUUGCGUUCGGUGUUCAGAAGGGAUGAUCUCUGAUGGUCAAGACAUGGCUGACUGUUCCCAGUGUUCAAUUGGCUAUCUGCCAAACAAGGACCAAAAUUAUUGCACUCCCAAGAUUGUAACAUUCCUGUCUUUUGAAGAACCAUUGGGCAUUGGCCUUCUUCUUGUUAUUUUUUCACUUUUUGUGUUCACAGCACUGGUGCUCAGAAUAUUUAUGAAACACCACAACACCCCCGUAGUAAAAGCCAACAACUGUAACCUCACCUACACUCUUCUUAUCUGCCUCCUGCUCUGCUUUCUUUCUCCAUUAUUCUUCAUUGGCAAACCUGAGCCGGUAACAUGUCUCCUCCGCCAAACGUCUUUUGGCAUCAUCUUCUCAAUGGCUGUUUCUUGUAUAUUAGCAAAAACCAUCACAGUGGUUGUAGCUUUCAUGGCCACUAAGCCUGGAAGCAGGCUAAGGAAGUUGGUGGGGAAAGGACUGGCAAACUUUAUUGUUCUUUUCUGUUCUCUUAUUCAAGUAUGCAUUUGCUCAGCAUGGUUGGGAGUCUCUCCCCCAUUUCCAGAUGUUGACAUGCAUUCAAUGAUGGAAGAAUCCAUCCUGGAAUGUAAUGAGGGAUCACCUAUCAUAUUUUGCUGUGUCUUGGGCUACAUGGGUUGCCUUGCUUUUGUCAGCUUCUCUGUUGCUUUUCUUGCCAGGAAGUUGCCUGACAGUUUCAAUGAAGCCAAGUUUAUCACAUUCAGCAUGUUGGUCUUUUGCACUGUUUGGUUAUCCUUUAUUCCAGCCUACCUGAGUAUCAAGGGGAAAUACAUGGUUGCUGUGGAGAUCUUUUCCAUCUUAGCAUCCAGUGCUGGCCUGCUAGGUUGUAUCUUUUUGCCAAAAUGCUACAUUAUACUACUGAGGCCUGAGCUAAACAAUAAACAACAGCUAAUGAAGGUCGGUCCUUCUCAAUUUCUUCCAACUUAA